UUAAAGCGGCAGCGCGGGCCGAGAGCUUCGGGUCCCGGAGUCCUUGCACGCCUGCUCUCUUGGCUCUUCUUUGUUGACCUAGGACAGCCUCACCAUGGUGGACGCCUUCGUCGGCACCUGGAAGCUAGUGGACAGCAAGAAUUUCGAUGACUACAUGAAGUCAAUCGGUGUGGGUUUUGCUACCAGGCAGGUAGCCAACAUGACCAAGCCUACCACAAUCAUCGAAGUAAAUGGGGACACUAUCACCAUAAAAACACACAGCACCUUCAAGAACACGGAGAUCAGCUUCAAGCUGGGGGUGGAGUUUGACGAGACAACAGCAGAUGACAGGAAGGUCAAGUCCCUUGUGACACUGGAUGGAGGCAAACUUGUCCAUGUGCAGAAGUGGAAUGGGCAAGAGACAACACUCGUGCGGGAGCUAAUUGAUGGAAAACUCAUCCUGGGACAAACCUGGGGACUUCACUCAGAGAAUGGAGCCUUGACUGAACACCCCGAGACCCAGGGGCAGAGACAGCAGCCACCUGCAGUCUGCCUCCUAACUCUGUAAGGCCUCAGAAUCUUCACUGCAGACCUCCUUGGGGCAGUGUAACCUGCUCACUGCGUUCUUGCGUUCACAGGGGGCAGGGGCCCGGCAGAGUGAAGACUGAGGUGCCUGGCUUUGGUGGGAAUGUGAUAUGCAGGACCAAACACUCACUGGACAACUGGGCUAUGGGUGGCCGUGGGCCUGGCUCUGCAAUGCCAGGCUGGAUGGUGGGGUUCAGGCCUCUGGCCCUGGCUCUACCCUAAGUAAGGGAAGGAAUGGAGAGUUGGUGCCCUAGCACAGUCCCUCCCCCAGAGUGUCUGGACACUUUUAUUGACCUAUUUGUCUACUACGUGCCAGGCCUCACCUUGAGCACUGGGGAUGAAGGGAGAGGAGUAGUGCAAGGGAAAAAGAAACGCUGCAGUCUUGACCAAGUGAUUUCCUCUCUCAAAGCUCACUUUCCAAAAUCUCUGAAAGAGGAACUACAAUGCCUAACUUAAAGACCUGGGGUAAGUAUUAGAAAAAAUACAUGCAAAGUAUCUGGCACAUAGCAGGUAGUAAAUGAAGACUUAGGAUGAAGGUAGGGGACUCUCCC